AGCAUACUUAGUUUGAAAAUAUCUUCGAAUCAAAACGGUCACCAUACCAAGAUGAAUCGCAAUUUGAUAAAUAUAAAACUAAUUUUAUUUGCCCUGGGUGCAAGUAUAUAAUUUAAAAUAAUAUACUUAAGAAUUGUAUAUAUUAUUUCUACUGUGCAAAUUUUCUAGGAAACACGGGUAUGGGCAGUGUGACCAGAAUACUGCCGUCAUUGAAAUUAACGCACUUUUUGAAUUGUGAAUAGAACAGGCCUGUAAUACCCAUUUUGUUUAAAUGUUUUGUGUUUAAAAUAUUACUUCAUCAAAAAAAAAAGCUCGGUUCAUGAUAUUGAACUGAAUAUUUGCAUACGCCGCAAGUUGGAUAUUCCAAUUUUUAAUUUUUUUCAAUCAUGCGCUAACUAAAACAAUCUGGCAUAUUCACACAUCGUCCAAAAAUACAUAUGUGUACAAUUUAAAAAUAAUCUUCUUAUAUUAGCCUCAUUACAGAACACUUGGAGUUUUCAAAGACCAGGAGUGCAUGACAAGAUUAAUCACAGCUGGUUAUACGAAUAUGCCAAACCGACGGCGCUACUUAACAGCCUAACAGGCCGCAGCACAAACGGAUUGUCUUUCCAUCGGCAUAAUGCCGAAAGAUCUCAAAUGCCCUUCUUACCUGUUUACUAUCCCAAAUACAUGUUGAGGCGUAAGAGAGUGCAAAUAUUACCUCCAAAAAAAUAUCCAUAUCGAGGAAUCUUGCCGAUGAACCAGAACGGAAAAAGGAAUCCUUACAGAUACUUCGCUCUAGGAUAUCUACCAGGAUCUACUAGUAUGCUGAAGAAUGUGAAAUGGCCAAACUAUGCCUUCCCAUACAAAAGUUUUAAUGCCGUCACCACGCCAAAGACAAAUUAUUACAUGUUAACCCCAGAGAAGCUGAAUAUAAAUUUUCACAGUCGGGAGCCAUAUUUUACUAAUCCAAUUUCAUCCAUGAGCUCAGUUAUUUCAAAUUACUGUGUUAAUGCACAUAAAGUCGGUGCUAAUUAUGCCCACAUAUUGCCUUUUUGUAUCGAUAAAGUGCCUACUCUUCCCACGCCGCUCGCCAAAGUGCGCUCUAAUAAUACAAAAUAUAUUUCUUCUACGCUGCGUAUGGAACCUAGCACCAGAAAUCCGUACACCCAAGACGUGUUUUCCACCAGCUCACAUCUAAAAUCAAUAAAUACAUCUCACAUAUAUUUCACUAUAGGCGAUGCAAUCACACCUAGAGCGCUUGUCAGCUCAGACUUCAAAAAAGAGAAGAAAGCUACUAAUUUUAAAAAUUAUGAGACUUUUCUCUCCAAUGAUUAUAACAAACCGAAAUCUGAUGCCAUAGCCUCAGAGCAGUGGACGAUGGCGUCGAAUCCAAUAAAUUUACAACAAAAAGCUAAAUUAUCUCAACCAACAAAUGAAGUGCUUACAUAUCAUUUAACUAGCUCACAAGAUUUCAAUCCAUUUGCCUUAACGGAUACAAAAGCAACUCAAAUGCAUUGGAGCCUCGACCAGUUUGAAAACAUUACUUGUUCUAAUUCCUUAUUAGACACAAAAACAAAAUGUGCUUCGGAAAAUAAAGAUCAUACAGAAGAUAAUAUUUCUACAGAAGUCUCCACAACUUUGACAGUCAUUAGGUCAUUACCUAUUGUAACAACUAUCGCUUUCACCACUGUCUCGACACCUUUAAUCAAAGUGCCACAAUUAGACAAUAUAUCAACGACUGUGUCCUGGAACUUUACACAGGAACCAUAUACAAGCAGCAGCCGGCCAACAUAUAGGAGAGGCAAAAUUGCUCAAAUCAACAGAAGAUUAGUUUUUAAAGAAAAAAUUAAAGAAAAGGAUAGAAUUUCUAAAUCUUCUACAAUGUCGAUACCCAUUCGAACCACUGAAGCGAAAACCAAAGAAAAAAGAAAAUACACUGCUUCAACAUUUCCUUCGCCCAGUCAAAUAAUAUCGUCGUCGCGGACUACGCAACUGGGAUCAUUAUUACGAGUUAAUAACACUCUCAAAAAGCGAAAAAUAAAAUUUCACACGAAAAAUCGCAGCCGAUGGAGCCCCUCAAAUGAAAAGACAAACGAAAAAGUGAAGGGUGCCAACACCCCGACAAGCACCAUAAUAACAACGAUACUUAAUUCGACAACUGAGCCUCAAAGAAGUACCAAAUCAAGCAAACUAAGAUUAAAAGUAAGCAGACACAACAGGAGAUCGACCUCUCUGCAGAUUGCUGCAACGCGAAGUUUACCACAGUCAACCACCCCAGUGGCCAGUAGCACACCGGAAUCCGCAAUAAUGCGAAUAUCGAAUAUGGGUACUGGAAAAAACUCUAUAGCUAAGAAUAAUUCAUCGAAUUCAAUACUCUCCUUUCCAACACCCAGUAGUGGAUUUGUUGCUGAGUUACCAAUAGUCACAUACUUCAAAGAAAUAGCUGAGUCCCGGCAAAUAUGAAACUUGCAAAAUAAUUUAGUUACAUAUGUAUGUACAAACAUAAAUAUAUGUAUGUUACAUAUGUAUAUACAUACAUAAAUAUAUGUAUGUACUAGGGCUGUGCGUUAAUUUGAUUAUUCGAGCAAGUUGAAUAAUCAAUUGCUCAAUUACUCAAUUAUUCGAUUACUCUAAAUUUUUUUU